AUGAAGGAAGUUACCGCACGGCAGCUGGUUGUGGGAUUGGCCGUACUACUAACUAAUGUCCUCCAGCGCACGGAGUCCGCCGCAGGCGACAAUGUGGCCGAAUACCUUGUUGUCUGUGAACUAAAACGACUAGUAGACGCAGCGGCGGCAAUUCCAGACGGACCAACAACGGAAGACAUUACCACGCCGCUUGAGGACAUAAACUUGCUGAACCUCUCGACAGCGACAAGCAGCUGGUACAACGACAAAGACGGCAAACUGAAGAAAAGCGACGGGAAAAUAGACGAAGCGCUUAAGACCGAAUGGGACAACCUGAAAAAAAAAAUUACAGAAGCCACCGACACAACCGGCAAAAAAAUUUACAAGCGUUUGCCGGUCCAAGAAUGGCAGCUAACAGCCAACAAAAAAUUGGAUCGGAUAAGCAGGGCCGCGGAAGCUGUCAAAAUUAAGCACUCAGCAGCUGUGGAAGCAGCUAAAACAGCUUUUAAAGAAACAAAGGGUCACCUCACUAACGCACUGUACGGCAAAGGCCACAAAGCCUUUGACAAGGCGCCACUGAAAACCUCCCUAACCAACAACUGCGGACACGCCAACGUAGGAGGCGACUACGGCGGCCUAGGACAAGCCCUAGCUUACGACGCGAUUUGCAUUUGCAGCACAAGCGAUGCGAGCGGCAAAACGUGCGGGACGGACGCGAGCACAGCCAGUUUAAGCGACCUGCAAAGCGGCGACAGCGCCAAGCAGGCCUGGGAAAAAGUAGCGACGGCCUGCCCCCAACUCAAGCCGCUACAACAACUGACGCCGCAGCAAAUCAGGGGGGCCGUAAGCAAAUUUGCCGCGAUACUCGGACGCGGCGAACCUAGUGGCACAACAGCAAGCCACAAGAAUAUUUUCGGCAAAGCCGCCAACGCAGGGACAUGCGACAUGGCAAACGCCGGGAACAGCUGCGUCAAGUACACCGGCAUACUAGAUGGCAGAACCAAGCAGAUACCGCGGAUACAGGAAUUUGAGGAUGCCGCAACGAAACUUGAGCUAGGAUACGCCAAACAAAACGAAAUAAAAAGCUACGAGCAUCACAUACAAAUCUUACAAGAACAGGCAUGGCAGCAAUACAUUGGCGCCGAAGAAGAGCUUGAGCUACGUGCAAAAAAAAUUAUAAACCAACUCCCCAAAACUGACCCCAAGCAGAAACAAGAAGAAGAUGAAGCAAAAUGCAAUAACAUAGACAAAGAGCCAGAAUGCACAGCCACCCCAAAAUGCAAAUGGAACGCCGAAGCAAAAGAUCCCAAGAAAAAGUGCACAUUGAGUGAGGAUGCCAAAAAAGAAGCAGAAAAAGCAAACCAAGAAACAGAAGGGAAUGAUGGAAAGACAAGCAUAGAUUGCAAAGAUAAACAAAAGAAAGAUUGA